ACCUCCACUCCUGCAGGAAGAAACAACGACAUGAAGUUUCUUUUCAACGUCUUAAAAUAAAAAUCCCCCCAAAGGGAUCCUGCUUAUAAAAUCUCUCAGAACGGUUUGAAAAAGAAAACUGCAUAAGAAGCCAACUGUUUAUAUUCUGGCCAAGUUAUGAGGCUGGGAGAAGGAGCCGGGAGGGAGGGCUGUUAACUCCCUGCACGCCGGCAGCGGCUUAGACCUGCCUUCCCUCUAGGUCUCUCUGCACGCAGAGCUCACAGUGCCCUGGAGGGAGAGGCCCCCUGCUGCAGAAAGCCAGGAAUCCGCAGCAGCAAAAUCGAUAGCAGUCUGAAACGCGGUUGGUGCCAAGCUCCAGAGUCUCUGUCACUUCAGACCCUGACUAGUUGACAGGGCAGCAGAAUUUCAACUCCAGUGGGCUUGACUGCCCUGGGCAAAGAAGCAGACCCAGCGAGGGAAGGGAUUUAAAGAGUUUCUCUUGGGCAUUUGUCAGACUUUUUAUUUCCUGGCUGUGUGCACAGAGGACAUCCAACUUCUAUUUUCUGCUGAGGCUCUGGGUCCAGCUACCUACCUGAAGGUCUGGACGCCAUGAAGACCGUACCCUUUUUGCUGUGUCUCUUGGGAACUGCAGUGGCAAUCCCGACAAAUGCAAGAUUUCUACCUGAUCAUUCUAAAUCAACUGCUGAGCCACUGGUAAUGCCGGACAACAAGGAAAUUCCUAUCGUAAGUGCUGAUGCUGCAGACAAUGAGAAGGAAACCACAGGAUCCAAAGAAAACCACCCCAAUCACAAGGCUGAGCAAUCUUCAACAUUAAGGUCAGAAGAGGGAACCCAUGAGCUGUCUGCAGAACAGGACAAGACUCAGAGUCAUGAGCUGGGCUUAAAAGAACAGGACGGCGAUGAUGAACUAAGUGUGAAUUUAGAGUAUUCAACAACUGAAGGUAACUUAGAACCACAAGAAGAUACAGGUGAGCCUCAAAAGAAGAAACUCCAGGAGGAUACUGAUUUCUCUGCCUCCAAUGUUAGUUCCCUCGUGGAUUCUAACCAACAAGAAAAUAUCACAAAGGGAGAAGGAUACCAAGAACAGCCAGGGAAUGAUUCACACCUUCAGUUGGACAAGAACAGUACACAAAGCCAAGACCUAAGAGAAGAAGAAAGCCAAGAGCAGGAUGCAAACAUUCCUAACGGAAAAGAGGAAGAAGAAACAGAGCCAGGGAAAGCUGACACACCCACAGACAACCCAGACAAGGAGAAAGAAUUUCCUGAGGACAAUUCUAACAGCAAGCAAGAAGACAAUGAGCAACCCGAUGAUAUCUUGGAAGAGGCCAAUCAACCAACUCAAGUAAGCAAGAUGCAGGAGGAUGAGCUGGAGCAAGGUAGCCAGGAAAAAGAAGAAGACAAUUCCAAUGUAGGACUGGAAGAAGACAGUGCCUCAAACAUCAGUGAACACACUCCAGAUACUGAAAGGCAGAGCCAAGAGGGAAAAAUGGGCCUUAAGGCUAUUGGUGACCAUAAGGACAUAGAUAAAAAGACUGUUUCUGAGGCUCUUCUCCUGGAUCCUACUGAUGUUAAUCACAUGACACCCAGAAAUCACGGGGCUGACACUGAUAAUGAUGACUCAAAGCACAGUGCAGGUGAUGACUACUUUGUCCCAAGCCAGGACUUUACAGAGGCUGAAAAAGCCCAAUCCAUUUCCUAUCACCUCAAAUAUGAAGAGGAGAGAGAUAGGGCACAUAAGAAUGAGAAUGUAGAUGCCAGUGAGCCUGCAGACCACCAAGAGGACAAGAACGCACAGAGCUCCUCGAAUGAAGAAGAGGCUUCCAGUGAAGGCCACAUGCGGGCACACGGCACUGAUUCCUGUGUGAACUUCCAGUGUAAAAGAGGGCACGUCUGCAAGGCUGAGCCGCAGGGAACGCCCCACUGCGUCUGCCAAGACCCAGAGACAUGUCCUCCGGCAAAGCCCCUUGACCAAGCUUGUGGCACCGACAACCAGACCUAUGCGAGCUCCUGUCAUCUCUUCGCUACUAAGUGCAGACUGGAGGGGACCAAAAAGGGACACCAACUGCAACUGGAUUAUUUUGGGGCCUGCAAAUCUAUUCCUGUGUGUACUGACUUCGAAGUGGCUCAGUUUCCUCUGCGGAUGAGAGACUGGCUCAAGAAUAUCCUUAUGCAGCUUUAUGAACCUAACCCGAAGCACGCUGGGUAUCUAAAUGAGAAGCAGAGGACUAAGGUCAAGAAGAUCUACCUGGAUGAGAAGAGACUUCUAGCUGGGGACCAUCCCAUUGAACUGCUCUUAAGGGAUUUUAAGAAAAACUACCAUAUGUACGUGUAUCCUGUACACUGGCAGUUCAGCGAGCUUGACCGGCACCCUAUGGACAGGGUCUUGACACAUUCUGAACUGGCUCCUCUGCGAGCUUCUCUGGUGCCCAUGGAGCACUGCAUCACCCGUUUCUUCGAGGAGUGUGACCCCAACAAGGACAAGCACAUCACCUUGAAGGAGUGGGGCCACUGCUUCGGCAUUAAAGAAGAAGACAUAGAUGAAAAUCUCCUGUUCUGAAAUAAGAUUGAAAGGACUCAAACUUUCAAGCAUCUUCCUCUGUUCUAACCACUUAUGAAAUAUAUAUGACCAUGAUACUGGUAGCUUUAUAUAUAGCAAAAUGUUUGCAUGUGUGAGAAGAAAAUGAAAGUAGUUGCUUGGUAACAAUGCAUAGGUACUAAAUAGUUAAUAUUAACUUUAAAUCAAUAUAUACAAUAGACUGUACACUGUUUAUGAACAGCAAUUUAACUUAUAGUAAUUUCACUCUCUGUGUCAAUUUGUAGGAUAAUUAUUAAUUAUGAAACCUGAAAAAAAUACUAGAUUCAUGUCAUCAUGCACACUUUGAGAAAAUUUAACAUUGUUCUUUUGUGGUUAGUGUGUAUUACAUUUGUUAUCUUAAUAUCCUAAUAAAGAGUCCAUAAAACUUCAAA